UAACCGCUCGGUUAUCAUCAUUCAGAUUUUAUCGUUCACGGAAAUGCCCGAGUGGUUACGAAAGUUAUUAGUUAUGAAGGGUUUUUGCCUGACUUGAGUUAUUGACAAAUCUUUCUUCAGUGUGUGCAAUGGAGGAGUCGGCGAAACCAAAGGUAAAAGUUCUCAACGAGCAUGGUAAAGCAGAGAAGAAUGCCAUUAAAGCCGUGGAACUAUCGAAAAAACUUCAGAAGACUAUGCUAAGUAUCAAGGGCGAAUGUAUUGGGGAGGAUCGUGGAAUUGACUAUGACAAACUAAAGAAAAGUGAAGCAUUCAAAGAAUACAAGAAGGAGACUCUACAGCUACAGGUUGUCUCCCUUGAUGACCUCAGUGAACCCGAGAGGAAGGCCUUCUUCAUCAACUUGUAUAAUGCCCUGACCAUCCAUGGUCUCGCUGAACAGGAAUCUCUUCCUAGCUCUGUCCUUGACAUUCAGCAGUUCUGGAAGACAACGGCCUACAACGUAGGUGGACAAGUUUACAGUCUGGACGACAUUGAGCACGGCAUUCUCAGGGGUAACCGAAGUCACCCAGCCUCCACCAAACCUCAGUUUGCAGAGGGAGACCCUCGACUGAAAUACGUCAUGAAGAACCUGGAUCCCAGAAUUCACUUUGCUCUCGUGUGUGGAGCAGUGUCCUGUCCAGCCAUUAAUGUGUACACAGCAGAAAACCUUGACAAGGCAUUGGACCAAGCCACAAAGAAUUUCUGUAAACAGGAAGUGUCCAUGUUUACAGAGGUGGACGAAGUCUGGCUCUCUAAGAUCUUCCUGUGGUACCGUGAUGACUUCGGGGGGAACAGUGUUGCAGUUAUUGAAUGGAUCAUGCCUUAUCUUGAGAAAGACAUUCAGGACAGAGCUGUAGUUCUUCUAUUUAAAAUUAAAAAUGUAGGUCAGGUGGACAUUAAGUACAAUGAGUAUGAUUGGCGGCUAAACAAGCUGGGGGUCACGCCCCUCAUUCUGUGAUUGACAGCUGUUAGACACGCCCACCCUCUGUGAUUGACAGCUGCAAGACACGCCCACCUUCUGUGAUGAGUGGUAGAGAAAUAUUGAUGUUUUUACCUUCACACGUGUACAACACAGGGAUAAAAAAAGGUUCAACCCGUCUGAUAUAUUUUUAUGUUUAGUUCUUUAUUUAUGCAAUGUUUAGAAAUUUUUUUGAUUAUGUACUUCAUAAUUUCUAAAUUUUAAGGACUAAGUUAAAUACAUUCGGAGUGCCAUAUUUAUGGAUAGUGGUUAGAUUUUUUUGUUUGUAUCUUGUACUACCUGUUAUUACAUACUUAUACCUCAUCAAACUUAAGGGUACUUACCACAAACAAAAAAUGGAUGCGCGGGUUGAUAUAUAUUUUUUGACUGAUUUUGAUUUGUAUUGAUGUAAAUAAUAAAUCCCUGAAAUAUAAAGAAAUCGUAGGUUUUCCUUGGUGCUUAGAUUUGAGAUUUUAUUUUGCCUUCUAUAUAAUUCCAUACAAAAUUUUGCACAUUUUUUUAAAUUUAUGACAAAAUCUUAUAAAAUU